AUGCCCCCGGAGCCGGACAACCCGUGGCUCGUCAACAGCCAGACGCAGGCGCUCAACUUUGUCAACUCGGGGCUCCACGCGCUGCACAAGGACAACCUGGCGCCUCAGUUCGUGAGGGAGCUGGGGAGGACGGAAGGACGAGGAGUGCUGGUCAUCCAGGAGCUGCUGGAUCUCAAGUACUCGAACGACGCUGGACGACGACGCGACGUCGUGUCCUUCCAGCGAGGACUCGUGCCCUUCGUGACGCUGUUGACCAUGCGUCGCAUGGAGAUGGUCAGCCAGCACAUGGACGAAGCCAACUACGUCUACGCGUUCAUCCGCACGGCCCACGUGCAGCUCUUUCAGGUGUAUUUGGAGCACUUGGAGCAGAUUGUGGAGCGCCGCAGUGUCGAGGAUCGGACGCUAUCCCACGCGAGCUUCCUUCGAGAUACUCAAGGUCGAAAGUACGCGCCGCUGUGCUUCACGCAAGUGUGUCUGCCCUUCGUCCGGCUGCUGUACUUGCUGGGGAAUAAAUUCAAGGACUUUAUCUACGAGAACGCCUUCCAGGAGACGGUGAACUACAUGGACGCGCUGACUAUCGAGUGGAUCGACAGCUCUCAGGCCAGCGACUCGCCAUUGGACUCGGAAUUGUGCUUCAAGACGAUGACAGAGGAGAUCAAGCGACUGCACAAGAUGAUCCGGCGUGGAGAGCGAGGUAUGCAGGCCGGUGCCGCGUUGAGAAGAGAAGCUCAGAGGAGGGUGAAUCCCGACCAAACAGCCCCAGAGCCUUGGGAUGUCAUCGAAGUGGGCGUUCCUGGAGAGGCUGUGCUAGCGGACGGCAGCGUCGGCCCGCGCCACGACAACGACCGUCGAGAUAUUCGCGAUAUUCAGCUACUGCCAACUACAGAGGAGUGUUUAUCCCGUGAGCCGCCGCUGCUACCGGGCAACUUCCCCUUCCACGAGAACGCACACUGGCUGCCACCGGGUCCGGAGCGCUGGGUGGAUACGCACUUCCGACUGUAUCGAGAGGAUUUGUGCGGGACGAUCCGGUCUUGCUUGCAGGAUCUGGAACAUCGACUUGCUGAAAGCCGAGGGAACCCUGCAGCGGGGCGUCUACGAGGCGCAGACGUGGACUACAAUGUGUACCCGAUUAUUGAGAGCGAUAUGCCGCUAAAGCACACGGACAGUAGAGGGGAGAGGGACAGAAGCCGUCGCCUGGAGCGCCAUGGACUUUGCAUUGAUGUACGCUUUCCACAGCCUUCAGCAGCUGAAAUGACAGGCCGAGGCAAGGCUGCAAAGAAGAAAAAAGACGACAUCAGAAGCCGCAGAGAGCUAUGGGAGAAGACUGGUCGACUGCCGUUCAAUGGGAUGGUGGCAUUGGUAACGUACGCGCAAGGAGCUCUGCAGGUGGUGUUUUGCCUCAUUGUGGAGCGUGAUCUGGAUCGCCUGGUGAAGGACGUGGUGGAGGUGACGUUGCAGCCGUUUGAGACGCAAGACUUCGCGAUUCUGGAGCAAUGGCAGCACGCAACACCAACGCGCGAAAAUCGACAGCAGAUACACCCGCAGAUGCUGCUGGUCGAGUUCAACAAGGUCUUCUUUGUCGGAUACGAGCCAGUCCUGCGGGCGCUGCAGUCGAUCGAGCCGGCUACGAUGCCGUUCCUCGAGUACUUGGCACCGGAGACUCGCCCCGUAUUGGAGCAGGUUCGAAUGGAGUCUCCCAUGUACUGCCUCACGAAUGGCUUCAGCUUCGAUCUCACCUCGGUGCUGCGAACACAUCCCGCAGCGGUGAGCGAAAUCCCGCAACGACUACGCCUGCACCCCCUUCAACAGAAUUCUCGUGAGGCCUGUGAGAACUCCUUGGUGCGCUACUCUACUCUGGAACGUGAUCAGGCGAAGGCACUGGUGGAAGCGUUGAGCAGUCGUGUGGCAUGCAUUCAAGGCCUCCCUGGCAGCGGCAAGUCCUUCAUCGGGUCGAUGCUGACGCGGAUUAUAGUGGAGGCGAGGGUUUCCCCGGUGCUGAUUGUGUGCUACACAAACCACGCACUGGACCAGUUCUUGUGCCAUCUCCUUGACGUCGGUAUUACGAGCCUCGUGCGAAUUGGAGGACAGUGCAAGGAGCCGCGACUGGAAAAGUACAACCUGAACAAGCUGCCCAAGACGUUCCAGCGCUACGAACUCAAGCUGCUGUACGAGAAACUUGACAAAAACGCUGAUUCUAUUGCGUCCGCGCUGCGUGAAUUGAACGCAGAGACGCACCGUCCGACGUGGAAGUCGGUCAAGUGGUUCCUGGAAACGAACUACCCGGACGCGUACGACUAUUUCGCCGAGCGCAGUGAUGAACUGUACGAGGACGACUGGGAGAUUGCUGGCGCGAAUGACAUUUUGGACUACUGGAUCCAAGGUAGAGACCUCGACGCAACUCAGCGGCGUGGGCCUCAGCGACACGGUGCCAAUGGUUGGAUGGAUAACUCCAACGUCUGGAUGUGGAGCUUGGCGAAGCGCCGUGGAGCGCUAGCAGAAUGGGUCGGGGCACUGCGAUCGAGUCGUGUCGAACAAGUUGUAAGCGCUCAGAAGGCCUACUGGGAAACGAAGAAGAAGAUCGAGACGGUGAAGGAGCAAGCGGACGUGGAAGUGCUGAAGCGUGUGCAGAUCAUCGGCAUGACGACCACUGGAGUAGCGAAGAAUCAGCAGAAAAUCGCGGCGGUGGCGCCCCCCGUUGUGAUUUGUGAAGAGGCAGGAGAAGUCCUCGAGGCACAACUCAUGGCGUGUCUGUCCCCUGCCUGCCAGCAGCUCGUGCUUAUCGGUGACCACAAGCAGCUACGCCCGCACAUUGCUGACUACAAUUUGAGCGUGGAGAGCGCCGUCGGUGAGCGGUAUGCCCUCGAUGUAUCACUCUUUGAGCGGUUGGUGGGUCCAAUCUCCGGUCUGCCGUUCUGGAUGCUGACGGAGCAACACCGCAUGCGUCCCCAAAUCUCGCAGUUGGUACGAAUGCUCUUCUACCCUGAACUGCGCGACGCGCGUGAGACGCUGGACUACCCGCCUCUCCUAGGCGUGGACAAGAACGUCUUCUUCGUGAACCACAACCACCCUGAGGAUGGCGCGAAUCUUGUCCUUGGAGCAUCUGCGCGGUCGCAUUCGAACGAAUACGAAGUGGCGUACCUUGUCGCGACGCUGAGGUACCUGCUGCAGCAAGGUUACCACACCAGUGACAUCGCGAUCCUCACGCCUUACGUGGGUCAGCUAAUGAAGCUCCGGUCGGCGCUCCGAGGACAGUUCGUGCUGGAGCUGAAUGAGUUGGACUUGGAGGAAAUCCAGCGCACGUUCGGCGACGAUGACGAUAGAGAUGAUGUUACGGAGGAAAUUGGGAACGACAGUCCGGCUGCGUUGGGGGCUACUAAGAAGGAGCUAUCCGGCGCAAUUCGUGCCGCAACUAUUGACAAUUUCCAGGGCGAAGAAGCAACCGUCAUUCUAGCCAGCCUGGUGCGCAGCAGUACGAACGUUCAUGGCCGUGGAACCAUCGGCUUUCUCAAGACCCCGAAUCGGAUCAACGUGCUUCUUUCCCGAGCGAAGCAUGGGCUGGUUCUCGUGGGUCAUGGAGAUUUACUCCGUGCCAAGUCACCGCAUUGGCAACGGGUGCUCGACCAACUGCAAGGUGAUGGCUGCUACGGCAACGGUCUACCGCUUCACUGUCAACGCCAUCCUGACUACCAGCGUGUUGCCUCGAGUCCAGAUUCAUUUGCGUUGUUGGCGCCUGAUGGAGGUUGUCUGCGCCCGUGUGGACGACGGCUUCCGCGUUGUGGUCACGCCUGCCCCAAGUUGUGCCAUGUCGACCAACCGUCCCACAAAGCUGUCUACUGCACCCAACCAUGUCCGCGACUACAGGAGGGAUGUGGUCAUGUAUGUCCCGGUGUUUGCGGGGACCCUUGUGGUCGAUGUGAGGUGCUGGUUGGCUCGAUCACGUUGCCUUGUGGUCACACGUACAGCAGCGCGCGAUGCUUUGAGACGAAGACGCCGUCGAAGUUGAAGUGUAAGGUGAUGGUCGACAAGUUCGUUCCUACGUGCGGACACAUGCAGCGCGUCAUGUGUAGUACUGUGAAGGUCAAGUGCACGCGGAAGUGUGGAGCGGCGCUACCUUGCGGUCACGCGUGCUCCCGUAAGUGCAGUGACUGUAUUGAAAACACCCUCACGGCUCGGGAAGGGGAACCGGAACCAGAUUUCCCCAUCAAACCUACUGAGCAUGGAGUGUGUCAAAAGGAAUGCGAGCGGUUGCUGCCGUGCUGCCACAGAUGCCGUGGGAUUUGCCAUGGAAAAGCUCCGUGUCCACCGUGCCAGCGCAUCUGCGACGUCUUCAGUUGCGAACACGGUUCGUGCAACCACCCGUGCAGCGAUCCCUGCGCUGCGUGUACCGAGUCCUGCACCUGGAGCUGUGAGCACGUUGGUGAUUGCUCUCUACCCUGCGGUGCUCCCUGCAACCGGAAGUUGUGUGACCGUCGAUGCUCGAAAUCUCUCAGUUGUGGCCACCAAUGCCCCAGCGUCUGUGGAGAAACCUGUCCGACGCAAGAGUUCUGUCACGUGUGUGGAGAUGAAGACGUGAAGCAGCGCGUCGCUGACGUGAUUCUCUUCCAGUCGUACGGCGAGAUCGAUCCAUCCGAGGACCCUGUUCUGGUGCUCCCGUGUUGCUCGAUGGUGUACACGAUGGCAACGCUUGACGGCACGCUUCAGAUGAGCUCGUACUACGACAUGAACCGAGGAGAACCGUUGGGAGCGCUGCCCGGAGGUUAUAUCGAUACGCCCCAGUGUCCGAACUGCAAGAAGUCGAUCCGUGGCCUCCGUCGAUACGGACGCGUGACCAAACGAGCUGCAAUCGACACCGCGGAGAAGAACUUCAUCUCCCACUCGCACCGACAGCUGACAGCGCUGCAGGAGCGUGCCAACGCUGCGGUUGAACGCGGCGAUCUGUCUCAAGACACAACUCUGCGGCAUGAUUUACGCACAUUUGGGGCAGCGGUGAAGCGUCCGCCAUGCCAGAAAGCGUUUGAGGCGUGUGUGGCAGUGCUGACGAAGGCUAAAGGGGGUCAAGGCGGAGGCGACGUGGCUAUCGACCAGAGCGCUCUUCCCGUACCCAACUCAAAGUUUCCCUACCUCGGGUACUUUUACCUCAUUUCAGCCCAGCUUUCGUGGCUUGGAGCGAACGCUUCAGAAGUUCGAGCGGCAACGUAUGCACGCCAAGCUGUCAACACGUUUGUGAAGUCCUCGCUCCUGCAGCAGAGCUACGAAGCUAAACUGAUGUUGGUACAGAUACUGCUGGCCAGUGCAGAAGGGCGGCUGAGUGAAGAGGUGAGCUCUGAGAGAGGGCGGAAAGCGCGUGAAGAAGCAGUGGAAAAGAUCGCAUACGAAGCUCACGAGGUGUUGGGCAGCCUGGAGACGAGUACAACAACAUUCGUGGCCAAACAUGAGCAAAACCUCCGAGUCCUACGACAGAAGUUGGUGAGCAUAGUCCGGCGUGCCCGAGACUCUACUUUCUACCAGAAGGUAUCCAUGGAGGAGCUGAGGACCAUCAAAAUAGCGAUGCAGGCGGAAUUUCAUGGCUCGGGCCAUUGGUAUCGGUGUGCGAAUGGGCAUUCCUACUCGAUUGGUGAGUGCGGGAUGGCAAUGGAGCAAACGAGUUGCCCGGAAUGUGGUGCGCCUGUGGGCGGUGCUAACCAUAGCUUUGUCGUGGGAAAUGUGCACGACGCACGAAUGGAUGCGUUGUAGCGUGGUUGAAUCACUCAGAUGAGAGCAAUUCAUGAGUCCUUCAUAUUUCAGUUGCUGAUAGUUUUCAGUUUCGAGGCACGGAGUUAAUGUACCAUCAAUCAAUCGUCAACAGAAGAUAU